UCCUGUGUGUCCCACCAGGGUCGUCGUCGUCGUCUCUACUCGUCUCCCCUCGAUGCCAGAUCUCACCUCCCCCUUUCCUCCCAUGCCCACAAACCUCUCUUCCCACUAGCAUCCCCGCCGCUCCGAUGGAAGCCGCGGCCGCCGCGCCCGCGCGGGGCCUCGGGCGGCACGAGUACGCGGUGCUGGCGCUCACCUUCGCGUCGUACGCGUCGUUCCACGCCUCCCGCAAGCCGCCCAGCAUCGUCAAGGCCGUGCUCUCCGCGGACUGGGCGCCCUUCACGGGCGCCCGGGGCCCGCACCGUCUCGGCGAGCUCGACGUCGCCUUCCUCUCCUCGUACGCGCUCGCCAUGUUCGCCGCGGGCCACCUCGCCGACCGCGCCGACCUCCGCCGCCUCCUCGGCGCGGCCAUGCUCGCGUCUGGCGCCGCGUGCGCCGCGCUCGGCGCCGCCUACUUCCUCGACGUCCACGCGCUCGCCUUCUUCUUGGCCGCGCAGGUCGCCAGCGGCGUCGUCCAGUCCGCCGGCUGGCCCUGCGUCGUCGCCGUCGUGGGGAACUGGUUCGGCCACGCCUCCAAGCGCGGCACCAUCAUGGGGGUGUGGAACUCGCACACCUCCGUCGGGAACAUCGCCGGCUCGGUCCUCGCCGCGGCCGUGCUCGAGUUCGGAUGGGGCUGGUCCUUCCUGGUUCCUGCGGUCGUCAUCACCGCGCUCGGAGUUGUCGUGCUGGUGUUCUUGGUCGCGCACCCGAGCGAGGCUGGCUUGCAGGUGCAGGUAAUGGAUGUUGAGAUGAAUGGGGAUGGUGGGGAGGAGGUAGGGCUCCUUGGGGAGGAUAAGAAAGAGGUUCAAGGGAAUGAGGAAGAUGAAUUCGAGCUGGAAAUGGGAUCACAAUUGCCGAGAGCAAUCGGGUUCGUGGAGGCAUGGAAACUGCCUGGCGUGGCGCCAUAUGCAUUCUGCCUAUUUUUCUCCAAGCUGGUUGCCUACACCUUCCUCUACUGGUUGCCAUUCUAUAUCAGGAACAAUGCCGUAGCAGGUCAGUUCUUGUCACACAAGGCUUCAGGAAUUUUAUCAAUUGUAUUCGACAUUGGAGGCGUCUUAGGAGGGAUUUCGGCUGGUUUUCUCUCCGAUGCAAUAGGUGCCCGUGCAAUAACAUCAGUUCUCUUCCUCUUUCUGUCAAUCCCAGCACUCAUUGUGUACAGGACAUAUGGAAGCAUAUCCAUGCACCACAACAUUGGUCUCAUGUUCCUCUCUGGUUACUUUGUGAAUGGUCCAUACUCUCUCAUCACCACAGCUGUAGCAACUGAUCUUGGCACCCAAGACGCGAUCAAGGGAAAUUCACGGGCGCUGGCGACAGUUUCUGCUAUAAUUGAUGGCACUGGUUCUGUUGGUGCAGCUCUGGGCCCCUUGCUUACGGGUUACAUUUCAACUAGAGGAUGGAAUAGUGUAUUUUUCAUGUUGAUUGUUUCCAUAUCACUUGCCAUCCUAUUUUUGAUACGGCUGGCAAAGAAUGAGAUAGUAACCAAGCUUAGCACACGAAAUUAAAGUAGUAAUUUGAAUUGGGGAUGCUUCAGAUGUCAGAUUGUAGGUACUUAGCAGGAGCUUAGUUAGGCCAUUUCUUGCGGCAUGCAUUUAGAUUGGUUAUUUGUUGUCACUAGUAGACAUGCACGUGUCUAUAAAGGAAUAGUAAUGCUUUUUUCAACAAUUCUUCAUCAUC